AUGAUGCACCGUUCUGGCAGUGAGCCCAACAUCAAGAUCGUUGAUGCCAGUGGCGCGCGAUCGUCGGGAUCCGACGAUCGACCGACCAAACCCGUUCGGCUGCAGAGGGGAGUGAGGGGAGAGCUUCUUCACUCCGUCUUCGUCAGCCUCUUGGAUCGCGACGCGCAUGGGCGAGCUGUCAAGGUCCGACCAGAAACAGCAGUCAGAGCAGGGAAGAUUCAGAUACAAGACGAAGCUAUUCACAAGAUUGAGCCGAUAGCCAGAGCCAAUGGAGCAAGAAGGGACAUUCCAGUUCCCUGCCAGAGGGGAAUGCGAGCAGAGCUACUGAAAAGAGCUUUUCAAGCUCAUAGGAAGCAGCCUGACAUUGGAAUAUCUCCAGAUGAGCCUCCCUUAAGGGUCGCUAGCAACCCUCCGGAUCCAAUCAGGAGCAGUCGAUCUCGCAGUGAAGAACCUUCAAUACCAAAGAAGGUCUGUGAGGCCAUGCCCAGACCUGCUGCGUUUCGGCAUCACAGAGGAGUCCGUGGCUCCCUCUUGUGGGCUGUCUUACAGAACCUCGCCUCAAGGAAGACGGGGCAGGAAAGCGAAAACCAUGUACAGCACGUUCGAAUGGGAAGGGAAGACGUCGAUAUACAUUUUGGUUCAAGCUCGACAUUCAGUAUCGAGAUUCCUGCACUGGAGAUUGUCUGUGAUGCCAAGAUACGCAAUGUGAUGGACGUUUCAUGGUCUGGGCUGAAUGGGAUCGACAAUUCUGAUUGGAAGGAUCGAUUUUGUAUGAUCGACAACGAAAACAACUUGCACAUCUAUGAUAGCAUCGAGGCCAUUCGCUCCUCCAUCGUCAUCCCGCUGGUCAUGCUUUCUAUGGCGACCAUAGAUAAUCAAAUUCCUAUUCUCGAGCUCAGACUGCACGAGUGGGAGCUUCAGACUGGAGGGAAGUACUCUUCGAAUGAGGGGCGGCUUUAUCUCCAUGCAAAAACUCUGGAAAUGUAUAUGUCAUGGCAAAAAGCCUUACAGCUGGCCAUCGACGAGGAUAAAUCUAACGACAAGAUCUUGGAGAGAUCUGGCAGCCCUAGAGCUCUUGAGUGUGAGCGGGGUGACUCGGCCAUUCUCAUGGAGCACAUCCUGCCGCUAAAUGUCGACCUCAACGACCUGUAG